AUGAAUAAUAAUUUUAAUGAUAAUGAAUUAUUACAAUUAUUAUUCCAAAAAAAAUAUUUAGAAAAUAUUUCAUUGGGACCUUGUAUGACGAGUAUGUCAAAACAAAUUUUAUUAGAAUCAAUUAGAAAAUAUUGUGUGAAAAUUAAGUUUUUUGAAUCAAUAGAAAGUCAUAAUAUUGAUAAUUUCCAAUUAAUAUUGGAUUCGAUUAAAAAUUUCAAACAAAGUCUUAAUUAUCUUUCUAUAGAAAAUCUUUCAUAUUUUAAUGAAUAUGCUAGUUACAUGAUGUUAAAUUUAGGACAAAUUCUUCCUUAUAAGUUAGAAUAUUUAUCAUUACAACUUGAUGUUAAAUCAAGUAAUGAUCUGGAAGUAUUUUUAAAGAAUAUUAAAAAUAUUUUUAUUGAAAAAUUAAUAAUUGAAGUUAAUUGA